AUGGAUAUUUUGCCGAGUGGAAACAUUUUCCGGGAGCUGCAAGUCGUUCAUGACACCGGCUAUUUCUCAGCUCAGCCAUCUCUAGAAGACCGAUGGCAGCAGAAUUGCCUGGAAAUGGAGCGGUAUCUGAAGAAUGAACCGCAACUGACAUCAUAUAAAAAACUUCAAACUGACUUAGAUUAUCCCUGGAAUAAAUACGAGUCCGGGGAGAGACAUCUAUACAAAAAACAAGAUUCCGUCGACUUUGAGGAAAAACUUAAGGGCAUGGCUCAUUUAAAUUUAAAUGAUUUAGCCAUUGUGCCACAGACUCCUGAUAGCUGUAGUGUAUUGAGCCAUAGCUCGUCAUCAAGUGGCGGCAGUGGUGUAUCAUGGGAUAGCAACAUGAGCGAUCCAUCAUCACCAACAUUGACUAAAUAUUACGACCAAUUUGGUCAUGUCAGGAUAAUGCCCCCAAGACCUCAUAGUGCCCCUGGCCCUCUUACCCCACCCUCCUCCCCUGAAAAAUCAUCCCCGGGAAAUAUUAUCGCAGCUGCCCUAGGUAAAGUGCGUAACUUUGGCCGCAGUAAUUCCCAUUCCGCGACAUCUCCUAGACGAUUGGAUACGAGCCCGGACUCAAAGAAACGCAUCCAUAAGUGUCCAUAUAGCGGGUGCAAGAAAGUAUAUACCAAAAGUUCUCAUUUAAAAGCCCAUCUUAGGACUCACACAGGUGAAAAGCCUUAUAAGUGCAACUGGGAAGGCUGUGAGUGGCGGUUUGCGAGAUCAGAUGAGUUAACAAGACAUUAUAGAAAACACACAGGUUCCAAACCAUUCCAAUGCAGAUACUGUGAACGUUGUUUCUCUAGAUCUGAUCAUCUAGCUUUACAUAUGAAACGUCACCCUAAUACAGCAGUUACCCCUUCAUUGACGUGA